CCUUGCCGCCGUCCAUCUCUUGAGGUGUCCAUAAUUGACUCGUGCACCUUCGCGAAAGCACAUUCUUUUGACUUCUCUACUGUCUCUCAAUUUUCCCACACUUUUGUCUGUUCUCAAGCUUCCAGCCGCCAUGCAUUGGCCAUUCAUCCUGUCGAGUUUAGCCAUCGUGGCCAGCCCGGCUAGUGCUUGGCAGUACAUCUCUCCCAACGCUCUCCCGUCCGAUACUCUGUCUGAUAGCUGUGUGGAUGCCUUGGUGGCCGAUCUUUCUUGUCCAUCGCAGGUAUCUAGCUUUUUUGAGCGAGAACCUGUUCCGCUUGAAUCUCUGGAGGAGGCAUGUACCUCUGCAUGUCGUGCUUCACUGGCUGAGUUUGAGGCAAGCCUGAAGACUCAAUGCGGUGAGGAAGAUGUAGUCGAAUACGACCUGGGUGCCGGUACUGUUCACGUAUCCGUUGUGGCGACGGAUAUCUAUUAUCACUUCAACAGGACCUGCAUCAAGGACGGCAACAGAUGGUGCAACAUUUGGGCCUUUGAAAACUCUUCCGACAACGACUCGGAUAACAGUGGCUCCGCAGUUGUCACGUCUACGGCCUCCGUCGACAUGUGCGACAACUGCAUUAUCAAGCCUUUCCAGUUUAUGGCUGGCAACUCUUACUCAAACGGCUUCGCCUUGCAGGCGGAUUACUCCACCCUGACCGAAAGCUGCUCCAAAACUUCCUUUCCAUUGGCAACUACGGCAACCGAAGAACCAUCGACUACUGAUCCUGUGCCAACUUGCUCGGGGGAGGAGUACACUAUCCAGGCCGAGGACACUUGCCGGUCCAUUUCCAAGGCCAAAGACCUUGCCACAGCCUGGAUGUUGUAUGACAACGACUUGCAAGCCUUCUGCGCCAGCUUCCCAGAAGCGGGCGAGAAGAUAUGCAUUGUGAACCAGUGCAAAACGUAUACUAUUCAGGCUGAUGAUACUUGCCAGGGUAUCGCCGUUGCUGCCAAGAUCAGCAUGGUGCAGCUUUACACAUGGAAUCCUGUUCUCGGACCGGCUUGCAAUCGCUUGUCCCUGUCUGUGGGAGAUACCAUCUGCCUUGAGCCUCACGGCGACGAGGAAUACACAGUCCCAACUCACACAACCACCACCCCAACACCGGAGCCUACCGCGGCUCCAGUUCCCUCCAACAUCGCCACCGGCACAAACAAGAACUGCGCGCAGUACUAUUCCGUCCAGCCAGGUGACUACUGCAACCAGAUCAUCCUCAAGUUUAGCAUCUCCCUCAGCGACUUCCUCUUCCUGAACCAAGGGCUCAACACAGAAUGCACGAACCUCUUCGCUGAGGAGUCUUAUUGCGUUUCGCCAGUCGGACCUAUCAACUUGUACCCUGGCCAUCCAGACUAUGUUGGGCCGAGUUCGAGCAUUUCCGAUAUUCCUUUUAGCGACCUUCCCAAGGCUACUUUCACCGCACCCGCGAUCACGGGCCUGCCUACUCAGCUUCCAAGAGCUAAAGGUACGAGGAGCGAUUGCGUCAUCUACAUGGACGGCACGGAGCUGCAGAUUGACAUGGGCUGGAGCUCUUCAUUCUCAGCUUGCGAAGAACUGACCGAGGUGUGGGAUAUUUCACUCGCCGAGUUGCACAAUUGGAACCCAUCCCUCAACACAACUUCUCGGGACUGUACGUUCAGCGAGGAGUAUAGCUACUGCAUGGCAGCAUACCUGAGAACAAACACUCGCACACCUGAUCCUGAUUCCGAGAUUGAGCUUGAACCGGAGACUACUACUGCGGAUACUGCCGAGCCAACAUCCGUUGAACUUCCAAUCAGAGAUGGUGCGGCCGAGAAUUGCAAAACCUAUUAUGCAGUCGUUUCGGGGCAGACGUGUCAAGAAGUCUUAGACGCUAAUGGUCUGACCAUUGCUGAGUUCUAUGCCAUGAACACGGCUAUUGGUUCUGAGUGCCAUAAUCUCUGGCCUGAAUACAGAUACUGUGUUGCAGUCUAAGUAUGGGACCCCAAUCAUAACAAUCCAUGAUAUGUGUAGUUAAGAAUAUUCUUGGUGCGAUAAAACUUUUCACGAGACUGGUGUCCUACGUCACAGUUAAAAUAUCACUCCCAUAAGUCUUCGGGGUACCAGAUCGAUAUACAGUAGACGAGAGGGGUAGCUGAGGGAAGAAGAGUCUGAAUGGAGGAGCGUAAUAGCAAAGGUUUGGAUACCAAAUUUAAGUCUUUGUCAAUGGCAUGAAUAU